UUUUUAUAUAGGUAAAUUUGCGUACCGACAGAUUUUACCUUAUUUUAUUGUAUACUUAUAUUAUUUUUCUUAAAGAACUCUACUUUUAUUUCUCCGCAGUUGGAGUAUUAAAGACCUGUUUGGGUACGAGCGAGUGUAGAUGAUCAAUAUGGUCAUGCCGUGGGGCUGGUGGUGCGUGGUGAGCGCGGCGUGCGUGGCGGCGGCGGCGCAGGCGGCGGGCCCGGGGCGGCAGGCGCGGCUGGUGGCCACGGCCCAGGGCCCUGUUCGCGGCUACCUCGCCGCUCAGCAAGACCAUUAUGAGUUUUUCGGCAUUCCAUACGCAACUGCGCCUACAGGACCGCUUCGUUUCACGGGACCUCUACCUGCACCUGUAUGGCUGGAGACACUGGAAGCAGUUAACGACUCCAUCAUAUGUCCGCAAAGUAAUUUAAUUAAACAUUUAGCACCUAAUAAAGUAAUGGAAGAAAAUUGCCUCAUUGCUAACAUUUACGUUCCCGAUACGGAGAAAAAAAAUCUUCCGGUACUUGUCAUAGUUCACGGAGGAGGUUACCAAGUUGGGUUUGGCAAUUUUAUGACCCCACGAGGCUUAAUGAAAAGUAAAAAAGUGAUUGCAGUGACAUUCAACUAUCGACUUGGAGUACAUGGGUUCUUGUGUCUCGGCACGAAUGAUGCUCCGGGUAACGCGGGCAUGAAAGAUCAAGUGGCUCUCUUGAGAUGGGUCAGAAAGAACAUUAAACAAUUUGGCGGAAAUCCUGAUGACGUCACCAUCACCGGUUCAAGUGCUGGAGGAUCCUCCGUAGAUUUACUAAUGUUGUCUGACUUGGCCAAGGGGCUUUUCAAUAAGGUUAUUCCUGAAAGUGGCUCUAAUGUAGCCGUCUGGAGCGUUCAAAUUGAUCCACAUGAAAAUGCUAAAUAUUAUGCUAAUGAACUUGGCUUUAUGAAUAUUGACGAUGUGAAUGCCUUAGAAGAAUUUUACAAAAAUGCCCCAUACGAUUUACUGUUUUCUAAUAGUAUUAUGGAUGGAAAAGAUUCCACUUUUGGUUUAGGGCCAUGCGUUGAACGAUACACGGGAACUGAAGCAUUUCUCAGCGAUUCUCCUGUAAACAUUAUAAAACAGAGUAAAUACAGAAAGGUCCCCGUUUUGUAUGGAUUUGCAAACAUGGAGGGUCUUCUACGUUUAGUUCAAUUUGAAAAUUGGCAAAAUGAAAUGAAUACGAACUUUACCCUCUUUUUACCUUCUGAUCUGCAAUUUGAUAAUGAGCAACAAAGGGCGCAAGUUGCUAAGGCGGUCAAGGAAUUUUACUUCGGUGAUAAAGCUGUGAACCAAGAGACCGUAUUGAAUUUUGUAGACUACUUUUCAGAUGUAACCUUUGCGUACCCAGCGCUAAGGUCAGUGAGUUUGCAAGUGGCGGCGGGAAGCAAAUCUAUAUAUUUGUAUGAAUAUUCUUACCCCGUUGAGGUUUUUGCACCUUAUUAUAAGCCACCUGGUGAAAUUCCUGAAUACAUGAGUAAGAUCCGCGGAGCGCGCCACACCGCGCAGACGGACGCGGUGCUCGAGUGCUCCCUGGGAGAACACAUGGAACACGAGGACUCCGAGGCCUACCGACGACACAAGGAACUUAUGAAGGAGCUGUGGUUGAACUUUAUAACUACCGGUAAGCCAGUAGGCCCAGGCGCAGCAGCGGUGCCGGGCUUGGAGUCAUGGUCGCCGGCGGGCGACAACUGCUCGCCGCACGCGUCUCUAGGCGAACGGAUGGAGAUGCGCGGAGCACUCCUGGAGGCGCGCCGUAAGUUUUGGGACGGCAUCUACGCGAAGCACUACCGCGCGCCCGCGCCGCCGCCGCCGCCGCCGCCGCCGCCGCUGCCCGCACGCCACACCGAACUCUGAACAACAUAAUAUAUGUAAUAACUAAGGUAUCUAUAACAAAUAUAUUAUUUA